AUGAGCCAGGCGGAGCUGUCCACCUGCUCGGCGCCCCAGACGCAGCGCAUCUUCCAGGAGGCUGUGCGCAAGGGCAACACGCAGGAGCUGCAGUCGCUGUUGCAAAAUAUGACCAACUGCGAAUUCAAUGUGAAUUCGUUCGGGCCCGAGGGCCAGACUGCACUGCACCAGUCGGUCAUCGACGGCAACCUGGAGCUCGUGAAGCUGCUGGUGAAGUUCGGUGCAGACAUCCGCCUGGCCAACCGCGACGGCUGGAGUGCACUGCACAUCGCCGCGUUCGGCGGCCACCAAGACAUCGUGCUCUAUCUCAUCACCAAGGCCAAGUACGCAGCCAGCGGCCGGUGAUGCCUGACAGGACCCUGGUCUCUGGCCCCGCGGCCGUGUCGUCUCUGCUGUAUCUUCCCGCCAACUACCUCGGUGUGCGCCAGCGUCGCCGGCCCAUCCAGGAGCCCUGCGCCGGGCCCUCGGCGCCCGCCCGCGGCCAUGAGUACUGCGCUCGCGCCGCGGCCCGGG